CGGAUCGGCGAGGGAUUGUUAGCCAAGAUGGCGGUGGCGGCUGCCGCGGCGAGGGUUUGGGGGUCAAGUCGAGGCUUGGGCCGGGUUGGCCUCCUGCUCCUGCGGCAGCCAGGGGCUCGUGGGCUGGCUAGAUCACAUCCGCAGAGGCAGCAGCAGCACUUCUCGUCCCUGGAUGACAAGCCCCAGUUCCCGGGGGCCUCAGCGGAGUUUAUAGACAGGCUAGAGUUCAUCCAGCCCAAUGUCAUCUCUGGGAUCCCCAUCUACCGCGUCAUGGACCGGCAGGGCCAGAUCAUCAACCCCAGCGAGGAUCCCCACGUGAGAGGCCGCUUCCCCCCGACCCCGUGCCUCCAUGCCCAGGCCCCUUGCCCGUCUCCUCCCCUCUGGUCCCACCUGGCCCACAUCUGUCUGUGCCUCCAUCUGCAGCUGCCCCAGGAGAAGGUGCUCAAGUUCUACAAGACCAUGACGCUGCUCAACACCAUGGACCGCAUCCUCUAUGAGUCCCAGAGGCAGGGCCGGAUAUCCUUCUACAUGACCAACUAUGGUGAGGAGGGGACGCACGUGGGGAGUGCAGCAGCUCUGGACAACACGGACCUGGUGUUUGGCCAGUACCGGGAGGCAGGUGUGCUCAUGUACCGGAACUACCCCCUGGAACUGUUCAUGGCCCAGUGCUACGGCAACGUGAGCGACCUGGGCAAGGGGCGCCAGAUGCCCGUCCACUAUGGCUGCAGGGAGCGCCAUUUCGUCACCAUCUCCUCUCCACUGGCCACGCAGAUCCCUCAGGCGGUGGGGGCAGCCUACGCGGCCAAGCGGGCCAACGCCAACAGGGUCGUCAUAUGUUACUUCGGAGAGGGCGCGGCCAGUGAGGGGGACGCCCACGCCGGCUUCAACUUCGCCGCCACCCUCGAGUGCCCCAUCAUCUUCUUCUGCCGGAACAACGGCUACGCCAUCUCCACGCCCACCUCCGAGCAGUACCGCGGGGAUGGCAUCGCGGCUCGAGGCCCGGGAUACGGCAUCCUGUCCAUCCGCGUGGACGGCAAUGAUGUGUUUGCUGUGUACAACGCCACCAAGGAGGCCCGGCGGCGGGCCGUGGCGGAGAACCAGCCCUUCCUCAUUGAGGCCAUGACCUACAGGAUCGGGCACCACAGCACCAGUGACGACAGCUCGGCAUACCGCUCAGUGGAUGAGGUCAAUUACUGGGACAAGCAGGACCACCCCAUCUCCCGGCUGAGGCACUACCUGCAGAGCUGUGGCUGGUGGGGCGACGAGCAGGAGAAGGCCUGGAGGAAGCAGUCCCGCAAGAAGGUGAUGGAGGCCUUUGAGCAGGCCGAGCGGAAGCUGAAGCCCAGCCCCAACCUGCUCUUCUCAGAUGUGUAUCAGGAGAUGCCUACCCAGCUCCGCAAGCAGCAGGAGUCUUUGGCCCGUCACCUCCAGACCUAUGGGGAACACUACCCCCUGGAUCACUUCGAGAAGUGAGGCUACUUGCCCCGUCCCCACCUUCCUCAGCUCUGCCUCUGAGGGGCAGAGGCGACGGGCAGGAUGCUACCGCCUUCCCCUGACAGCUCCCUCCAACGUACUCGGGCCAGGGCAGUACUUGGGGCGGCUCCUGCUCCUCCAGGCUGUUACAUCGGUGGGGCCUUGGUCAGCCCCUUCUUCGCCUUUAGUCACAGGGUCGUCUCCCAGGGGCUGGGCAAGGGCACCUGCAGGACCGGAAGCCCCUCAGGCCUGGGGGUGGACGAGGCAGGUCAGCCUGCGGAACUUACUCAGAGUGAGAGGGGGUCAGCAGGUAGUGAAUAAACUAUGUCUCUGCAUUUGG